AUGCAGCUGCGCCGGAGCGGCCACCUGAUGCGCAUGGACGACGAGCGACUACCAAAACGACUCUUCUACGGAGACGUCGCGACGGGUUCUCGCCGUCAAGGUGGCCAAAUUUGCCGUUACAAGGGUACCCUGAAGUCCUCCCUGAAGCGACUGCAAACCAACCCGACCAACUGGGAAGAGCUCGCCCGCGAUCGUCCGACAUGGAGGAGAACAGUGAAGACGGGCGCUGCUAUCUAUGAAGCCAACCGAAUCGCUGCCGAAAAAGCGAAACGUGAAGCCGGCAAAUCACAAAUUCGCCCAGUCCGCAACGCCGCCGCACAACCGCUCCCAACGUGUCCUCGAUGUCACCGGACAUUCCUGGCACGAAUCGGACUUGUUGGACAUCUUCGGAUCAACUGCAACACUCGAACUGCUCCAGCCAUCGUCCCCCCGUCCACAUCUUCCUCGUCCUCUCUACCGCCAACUAACUCUGACAUUUCUUCUGUACCACCACCACUUCCAUCCUACUCCUCCUCCCUCUCCUCCUUCUCCUCCUCCUCGUCCUCAUCCUCUUCCUCCUCCUCCUCCUCCUCCCCCUCCUUCUACUCCUCCUACUCCUCCACUGCCCCUACGAAGGCCGCUCAGGGCCUCUCACAUAUCAUCAAACCUGACAUACCCGCAGACACCACCCCCACCUCCUCCGACUCCAGCGAUGAGGAUCAGGACUACACCUGCCCUCACUGCGACCGCACCUUCACAUCACACAUCGACCUGGUCGGUCACUUGCGAAUCCAUCGCACAGAGACUGGCGAACCAGUGCCUGGAGCACCAACCUACGCCCACCCCACCCGCCUCCACUGCCCACACUGUCCUCGCACCUUCAGGCAUCGCAUGGGUCUAUUCGGUCACAUGCGCAUCCACGAGAGCUGGACUGACGGCAGCAUCGACUCAUUCGUCAUGCCGAACGCCACACCCACUUCAUCACCCUGUACCCCAACCACCCUCCCCGCAAUUGACACCAACACCGCUGACAUCACCUGCCCACACUGUCCACGCGCAUUCAACUCACGCAUCGGCCUGGUCCGUCACUUGAGAAUCCAUCGCACAGAGGCUGACGAACCAGUACCUGGCGCACCAACCUACACCCACCAAGCCCGACUCAGCUGCCCACACUGUCCUCGCACUUUCAGGCAUCGCAUGGGCCUAUUCGGCCACAUGCGCAACCACGAGAGCGGAAUUGACCGCAAUCCUGACACCCCCACAACAAUCACCACCACAUCCAGCACACUCACCACGCCCAGCCCCACACCCGGUCCAUCCUCCUGCGCUCCCAUCACCGCCAAAGCCUCUACAGCUGACACUGACAUCGCCGAUCUCUCAUGCCCACACUGCCCACGUACCUUCGUUUCUCGCAAAGGCCUCGUCGGUCACUUGCGAUUCAAUCGCGCAGAGACCGGAGAACCAGUGCCUGCAACACCAACCUACUCCCACCAAGCCCGUCUCAACUGCCCACACUGUCCUCGCACAUUCAGGCAUCGUAUGGGCCUAUUCGGCCACAUGCGCAUCCACGACGACCUGCGGUAG